AUGAGGUUUGACAGAUCUUCAGGGUGCAAAAGGAUCAGAAAGAGGCUGGAGUUGCUUCAGAUGGUGAUGUAUGGUGACAUGGUACCAAAAACCAUAGCAGGGAAGAUUUUUGGAUCCAUCUGCUCGUUGAGUGGGGUCUUGGUCAUUGCUCUACCCGUUCCAGUGAUUGUAUCCAACUUCAGUCGGAUCUACCACCAAAAUCAACGCGCAGACAAAAGGAGGGCACAAAAGAAAGCCAGACUCGCCAGGAUACGGGCAGCCAAAAGCGGAAGUGCAAAUGCUUACAUGCAAAGUAAACGGAAUGGUUUGCUCAGUAAUCAACUGCAGUCCUCUGAGGAUGAGCAGGCCUUUGUCAGCAAAUACGGCUCCAGCUUUGAAAGCCAGCACCACCACCUGCUUCACUGCUUGGAAAAGACCACGAAUCACGAGUUUGUGGAUGAACAAGUGUUUGAAGAAAGCUGCAUGGAGGUUUCCACUGUUAAUCGUCCUUCAAGUCAUAGUCCCUCUCUCUCUUCACAACAAGGAGUCACCGGCACUUGCUGUUCACGACGACACAAAAAAACUUUCCGCAUCCCAAGUGCCAAUGUGUCAGGAAGCCAUCGAGGCAGUGUGCAAGAACUCAGUACGAUUCAGAUCAGAUGUGUGGAGAGAAACCCGCUAUCUAACAGCCGAUCCAGUUUAAAUGCCAAAAUGGAAGAAUGUGUUAAACUAAACUGUGAACAACCUUAUGUGACUACAGCAAUAAUAAGCAUCCCAACACCUCCAGUAACCACUCCCGAAGGAGAUGACAGGCCAGAGUCUCCCGAGUACUCAGGCGGAAACAUUGUCAGAGUGUCUGCUUUGUAGACAGUUGGAAUCAGGUCUAGGGGAAUUUGAGCCCUGGCUGUGGAGAGAAUUCCAAUGUGGAAGAAAGAAGACAAGAUACACGUUUUGCAGCUGAAAAUGGCGAAGCAAGAAGGUUGGUAGUGACACAAAAACAAAGCUUCCAAACCAGAGGAUGGAAAUAAAACCACCAAAUGGCAUUUCUUUAGAGUUUGACCUGUUGUACCGAGGAAUAGUCUGUGGCCCUUCGGCUUUGUGAAUGAGCACAAUGAAAUGCCGCCUAUUGAUGCUUCUUAUGACCAGAACUCUUUUAUAAUAAAAUAAAAUAAAUCUUUGAACCUAAUGUUUCAGUUGAAUGCAAAACAAAAAAAAAUAUGGAAAACAUUUUGAUAAAAAUAUUUCCUGUUAAAACCAUGAACAUUGGCUAUGAUGAAGAUUAUUGCAUAUUGAAAAAUUCACGCAACACAUUUGUAUUAACUGAAGGAAACCAUCAUAAUGCAUGCUAGGAUUCUUUGGAGUAGUGAUCUCAGUUUCCUUAUGUUGUCUUCAGAAUAGGCAUGAUAAACUAUAAAUGUAGAGAGGGGGAAUUUCUGUGCACUUACUACAAGCUGGAUGUUCAUGUCCCAUGGUGGGCUGUGCAAAUAAACUAUUGGAACUGCAGCAUUUCUCACGGGGAUGCUCAAUAAUAAAUCUAAAGUGUGCAGAUAGUGCGGUAUUAUCAUUUUACCUUGCACCUAGAUACUGUUACAACUGCAAUAAUUCAUAAUACACCUGUUGUAUCAGGAAUCGGGAUUUUUGUUGUGAGACUUUCCAGAUUUUCAUAAAUUCUGUAAGAGCCACAUUCAUAGGAAAACGUCUAGUGUGGCCAGGUUUUAGAUAACUUUUUAAUCCCAAACUCUUGUGUCAUACAUGUUUCUCAGUAAUAUUCUUUGAUCCACCUUGUCCCCAUGACAGUGCAUUUCCUGUUCCUGUGCUAACAUUUCUUUUGGGUUUAUUGUCAUCACCUGGACUAACGUUUUGUAGUUCAAUGGACUUUCCUACUUUUGUAUUCCCCAACAAAUCAUCUUGUAAGUCGAUUAUCAUCAACAAUCCUCUCAUCAAAAAUUAGAAAAAAGGAGUUCACAUCCAUGAAUUAUUUCUAACCUCUUUGCUGUCAUGGAAAAGCCCAAUUAUUGGAUGUACCACUGUAUGUUUUAUACAAAGAGUUGGCUGGGACUAUUAUCACCGGAUCAAUGAUCCCAGAAUCUCACUUGAUGUAUUAUUUAUUUUGCUUUAGAUCUAGAAUAAAUUUUGAGAAUAACUCAUGUGAAUUGAAAUGCAGAGAUAAACUGAAGUGGUUUAUGUAACAAUUUUUGAUGAAAAGCACGCUUUCUAUGCCCCUGGAAAGGCAACCCAAGUUUAUCUCAGAAAGGUUCCUGUAUAAGGCAAGGAGUCAUUUUCUCCACUAAACCAGGAGGACAGGAGUUUGAUGAUGCAAAGUUGAUCUCUAUGUACAUUUCAGUAAAAAGUCUCGAUACUUUUUCACCUUUAAAAUAUAUCAGCAGACAUGUCUGCACGUGACAGUGUAAAAAUGUUUUAUGUCAAAUGAAAAGUUUUGUUCAUUUCAAACCACCAGUGUUAAGGAAUAAAGCUUAGCUCCAUACAUGGAAAGAAUUAAUAAUUAUCCCUCUACUGUAGAGAUUUUUAAAUGCUUAUCAUAAUUUAUCAUAAAAAGGAAUUAAUCCAACUAUUUUGAGUGAAGCCAGAGGUUCUUGCUUCCCAUUUCUAGAACUGCUUCUAGAACAAUGCUGUGCACACGGUAGAUUUUAAUCAGCAUUUGCUGAGUGAAAUGAAGACAAACUUCUCUCUCUCGGGAAGAAUUGCCUUUAUUUCUAGAAUGUCUUUUAAAAAGCUACUAACCUUCCUGGAGUGUGAAUACUAACGAUUAUAUUAACACCUGCCUCAUGCCACUUUAUGCUUCUAGAGCAAAUAUAUAGUGAAACUUCUUUGAUGGCAUUUGUUGAAAAUCUUUUUAAAAAGUAGACUAAAGAAACCACCAUCGAGAAUACAUAGGUCUUUUGAUUCCCAAUGAGAAGUUCUAUUUUUGUGUUCUGAACGUUACAUUUAAAAAAUGCAGUUCAGUUUGAUUAUUUCAGUUAACAAUUCUGCCUCCUUUUCAACUUAUCAUUUAUCCCAAACUAUUACUUUGUUUAGACUUUUUGGAAAAGAAAAAGAAACUUUUUGGUGUUUCAGGUGAUUUAAAAAUAUACUGUGCCGGUGGUGAAUGACUCUUGAUGACUGUGUUAAGUGCAUCUGUAUUGUAAGUGAAAUGUAAUAAUUUCUGUGUGCCAUAUGGAGUAACCAAGGCCAUUGUUUUGGGCAAUUUGGUUUGAAACUCAUAUGUCUUUAUUUUAAAGGGUAGCCUAAUAUCUGCAUUAUGCUGGAAAAGUAGACCUUUGGAGAAUACUUAAAUAAAACAUGUGCAUGCUUGAACAGGA